AUGUCGCAGCAGCAGCGGCGGCCACCCCCGCAGGCGCCAUGGGGCUCGGACGCCGCAGCGCGCCAACGUCCACAGCAGCCGCGGCAACCUGCGCUCUCCGUACGGCCCGUGAACGCCAGCGCGCGGCGUCCGCCAGCGUCCGCCAAGGUGGCUUCUCUAUCGAUUGGUCCCGCGCAAUCCAUUGCGCGGGCGACCAGAAAGAAAUCUCCGUUUGAGUUGGCGUACGAGGAAGCACUGGCGCAGCUCGACCUGCUGGAGCAGAAGCUGGGGCAACUGGCUCUUGUCUCCCUCCAGUUGGAGCGCAAUACACUGGAGUACUACUACACCAAUACCAUUUGCCUCGAAGACUACGACGGCGAGCAGGUGUCGCAGCAAAACAGUGGCUGGCAUCAUUAUUAUUUUACUAGUGCUGUCUCCAAGGCGAGGCGUGAGUGUCGGGAGCGGCGUGCAUGUGAAGCGCGGCAACUGCAGGAGGAACGCCGCAGAGUGCAGCUGAUUGAGGAGGAGGUGCACGACCACGUUAUUAAUGGCAGCCUCGCAGAACAACGCGAUGCAGUGAGGCAGAGCGAGGAUGAAAACGUCGCGCUACAGCAGCAUCUCACACAGAAGCUGGCGGAGGCAGGGAACUGUAGCAAGCGUUUGCAAGAGAAUGAAGAGCGGCAGCGAGCGUUGCAGCAGGAGCGCGUGGAGAGUGCGCGGAGGAUUCAGCGCUUGGAAGAGGAAAAGCAGAACCAGAUGGACAAUGUAGACGCCACGCGCCUGGUGCUUUGCAAGAAUCGCGAGGAACUAGAAGCGGCGCAGGCGGAGUUGGAGAAGAGAGAAAAAGUCGUGAGUGAUCUAAGAGAAACGAUUGCACGACUUUCACGGAAGCGGAGGCUGCGGGAAUAA